AUGAAUCCAUUAUACCCUAUGCAACAAUAUACUGUUCAUUCAAAGUCCAGGAAACCUUUCAAAGAUGCAACGCACAAAAAGUCUUCAAAGAAAUCUCUUAGAGAUUCGAGUCAGAAUAAAGAAAACAGCAUGGGUUUGAAUGUUUCUAAACUCUUUAACGUUUCUUCUCCUCUAAAAAAAGAAGAGGAUUUAAUUAUUGAUAAAGAAACAAAAAUUAACAACGCUGAAAACGUUGAAGACGAACCUUUGUUGAAGUCAAACCCACGAAGAUUUGUUUUGUUUCCUAUCCAAUAUCAUGAUAAGGCAGAAGCAUCGUUUUGGACUGUUGAAGAAGUCGAUCUUUCAAAAGACAUGAACGAUUGGGAAUAUAGACUUAAUGAUGAUGAAAAAUACUUUAUCUCUCAUGUUUUGGCUUUCUUCGCCGCUUCCGACGGUAUUGUUAAUGAGAAUCUAGUAGAACGUUUUAGCAACGAAGUUCAAAUUCCGGAAGCAAGAUGUUUUUAUGGAUUUCAAAUCAUGAUCGAAAAUAUCCACUCAGAAAUGUAUUCCCUUUUGAUUGACUCUUACGUCAAGGAUCCAGCACAGAGAGAUUAUCUAUUUGAUGCUAUCGAAACCAUACCUUGUAUCCGAAAGAAAGCAGAUUGGGCUCUCAAGUGGAUUUCAGAUCAUAGAUCAUCAUUUGCAGAACGUCUAAUUGCAUUUGCUGCCGUGGAAGGAAUCUUCUUUUCGGGAGCUUUCGCGUCAAUUUUCUGGCUUAAGAAACGCGGAAUGAUGCCGGGGCUAACUUUCUCCAAUGAACUAAUUUCACGUGACGAAGGACUUCAUUGUGAUUUUGCUUGCCUACUUUUCACCCAUUUACGUAACCGACCAUCAAAGCAAACUGUUGAAGCAAUUAUUACUGAAGCUGUAAAGAUCGAACAAGAAUUUCUAACCGAAGCCUUACCAGUAAAUCUAAUUGGAAUGAACGCGACAUUAAUGAAGUUAUAUAUUGAAUUCGUAGCUGACCGCUUGUUAGUAGCACUUGGUUUUAGUAAAAUAUAUGAAGUUGAAAAUCCAUUCGACUUCAUGGAUCUUAUUUCAUUGCAGGGUAAAACUAAUUUCUUUGAAAAGCGUGUAUCAGAUUAUCAAAAAGCAGGUGUUAUGAGUAAAUCAUCACAGAACGACCCUUCCGAUAAUAUGUUUACCCUAGACGCUGAGUUCUAA